UGAUAAACUAGAGAUCUUGCUAGCUAAAUGGGAAGAGCAUAUAGCACUUGCAACUCAGGAACCUACGACCGAAACAGGGCGCAUCAAAAAAAAGGUCGACAACGCGUACGAAAUACUUCGUACAGCUGUUUCUAUCUAUGACAUUAUAGACCAAGCAUUUAAGAUACAAGGAAAUGGUAAUGUUAUACAUCUCAUUCGUUCAAACUAUAAGCAUAAACUACUUACCCGACAAACGAUAUAUAUGUAUAUAUAUUCAAGGCCAUAAUCGCACGCAAAACCUUUCCGACCAAAAGAAGUCUGCCUUGGCAAAGGUUCAAAAAUGCUUGGAUGCCUAUAACAUUGUGGCUAGAAACCAUUCAGUUAUAGGUUUAAGCCCGUUUGAUAACAGCGUUUCCAGCUUACUGGCAAAAAACAGCAAAUUUAGAAAGCACGCCAAUUUGUUAUCAACGAUGGGCGAUGACCUACCCUACGAUGCUCUUCAUGGUUACCUCAGAGCCCAAGAAGAGUUAAAAAUGUUGAGGGAGGAAGCCAUGUCGGUUCUGAAAUACGGAAAAGAGCUCGUUCAUAAGCUCACCGAGGCCACCAAAGGUCCAGAACUGUUUGAUAAUCUGUCGGACGAGGUUCUUGGAAUGGCUGUCAUCUGCAAGCAGAAGCUAGUAGAGGCUGAGCGUUGGAACGUGGAUCAAAAACGCCGGCUUACUCGCAUUGCUGCAGGUCUCCAUUCUGUAGCAAGCAGUGUUUAUAGUGCACAGACAACGAGUACAAUCAUGAGAUUGACAAGGUCAUUAUUAUAUGGUGAACAAAACCUUAAGACAACUGUUCUAUAUAUUUGUCCUAAGCACAAUUGGAUCAAAUGGUGUAUAGGGAGACACAUUUACAAUAAUAAUACCAAAGCAUACAGGCCUACUAUAAUUCAUUAGCUACCAACACUGAAUAAAAACCUACGGUCUAUCAAAACUUAUAUAGCAACCUACCUGUUGCUGCUGUCACUUUGUACUUGAAUCUCUUUUGUUAUCAGACAGAAAGAGCUUCAUAGACUUACAGAGGAGAGCUACUGCGUUCUUUUUAGACCUCCAGCACCUCAGCACAAAGUAAUGGAUUGAAUUGAGUUUUUAAUAUGUU